AUGCUGCUGCCACUGCUGGGUGCCUGUGCCUUGGUGGGGCCAUUCCAGGGCGCCGAGUGGGAGCCAGUGCGGGCCCUCCUCCCCGAGCACCGCAGCUGCAGGGACCCCCGGUGCUGUGGCAACCUGCUCGUCCUCUUCCUCUUUGUGAUCUGGCAGGUCCGGCACUCCUGGCACCAGGUCACCAGGUCCCAUCCAAGAAUGAAGAAGACCAUCAAGGUGCCACCACAGAAGUGGGCAGAGCCCUCCAUGAGAUGUGACCCUUGCUUGGAGCGUACCCCUGAAUUCCUCUUCAGCCCUGACGUGUGCAGGGGCUUGGGCGCUCAUGUCCAGCCAUGGGCACGGAAGGGGAGGUGGGCCUGCCAGCGGCGCCUCCAGCAGCCAUGGCCACAGUGCCAGCUAUCUUGGCAGCAGCCACGCCAGGGACCGUCCUGGGAUGUCCUCAGCUCUGCUGAGUCCAUUUCUUUUUCCUCCUUCUCAAGUACCUCUGUGCUCCCUCAGGAUAGCUUUUGGGAAGCCUGGCAGGCACCCUGGUGUCCCCACGACCAUCAGACUCGCACGCCGGCCAGGCACCGAAGAGUGGGGCAGCUGCCUGUCCACUCCCAGGAAAAGCCAGUGUCAGAGGGGGCUGCUAGAGUUACUGCUCGUUUCUUCAGCCCAGCAGGUGAGAAUGCCCACCAGAAUGCGCUGGAGCUGUCCUCGUGA